UACAGCUUUCCGGCGCGGGAAACACAUGUGAACUCUGAUAACACUGAUAACUACUUCUUGAUAAGUUGUGCACCAGUUGUAAAUAUAACCAGUUGUAUUAUAAUAAUAGCAAUAUUAGUUUGUUAGUGACAUUACUGACAUGACUGCUGUCCUUACAGUUGAAUACCUUCAGAAGAAGCUAUGGGUUAAUACUAAUAAUAGCUUCAGUGACAUUAAGGUUUUAAGCAUAAAACAGGAAGGGAUCACAGAAAUCGAUGGAUCGGUCCUGCAGAAGCUUACAUCGCUCCAAGAGUUGGAUGUCUCGGGCAACGGUCUCUCUUCGUUUCCCAGCGUCAAACUCGACUGCUUGAAACGACUCAACAUCAGCGACAACAGCAUUGCAGACGUGACUUUUCUGGAAGCAUUUCCGAAUCUCGAAGAACUCAUUGUGGCUGGUAACCCACUAGAUUUUUCUGACUGCUACAUUGCUGCCUCGCUGCUACCCAAUCUCAGGACCCUAGAUGACAGGAAAGAUCUCAAAUUCACCCAAAUUGUUGAACGUUACAACAGCAUGUUGUUGCCACAGAUUCAGGAAGCUUGGGAAGAGAAUUUCUCAUCCAGUUGGAAUGACAGAUUAUCGGAGCAGGAGAUUUUCGAUUUGACGGAGAAAUUCGUAGCCUUCCUAAAAAAGGAGAAGUUGUAUGGUCAUCACUUACUUCAGAAGUUCAAAGACUUCAAGGUUGAUACAUUAGCAAGGGAACUAGUGAGCAGCCUUCACGCUGACCACUGUCCUGGCUCAUCACAGUCGGCCAAAAGAAGCCGUAAUAAGCGCGCAGUGACGAAGAGAGGCGCCAAGAAAGUAAAGCCUAGCGAAAACAUGACCUUGCCGCCGGUGGACGAUUUCACGCUCAACUAUAUGCUGCGGUGUCACUCGAGGAGGGACAACCCAUCGGAUCACAAAUCUCAGGUGUGGAGGUGUGCAUUUGAACCGGAUCCAGCUAAUCCUGGCAAAUCGUUGACGACCGUCGCUACAUGCGGUUCGCAUUUCGUUUGCCUCAUUGAUUGCAAGGCUGGCAUUGUCCGCAAACGCUACCAGGAUGACAAGGAAGACUUUUUUUGUCUUGCUUGGACGACCGUCGCUGUGGUGAUAGAGCGAGCUCGGACACAGAACAUCAAUAUACUCAUAGUUGGUGGGAAGAGAGGCAUAGUUUACCUCAUUGAUGUUGAAGAGCUGGUCUGCUAUGGGAAGUGGAGCGGUCACAAGAAAGCACUCGGCUCGAUUCUGAUUCAUCCAGAAUAUCCGACCUUCGUCUUUACUGGCUCAGCCGAUCAUCUCAUCGUGUUGUGGGAUAUUGGCGUUCCUACCCUCCCAGAGUAUACUUUCGAACACAGAAAACUGCUCGUGCUGAGAGCGCCUCACGAAGUGCUCCAACUCGCCUUCUGCACUGCCACUAGUCACCUGAUUGCUGCCUGCGAGGACUACUGCAGCGUUUGGCACAUGGCGGAUCUGGAAUCCGACCUGGAAGACGGCCAGCAUACGAACGCCCACAGGUUGCCAGAUUUUGACGUGGAGUUGCCUGGACAAGUUGAAGUGGGCAACAACAAUGAUGGCGAGACUGGGGUUGUGUAUGUUGAUGGGUUAGCAAUGGUAUCUGAUGACGUGAUCGCUACAAAGAUUGCACGGCAAGGCUGCAUCUACCUGUGGCGCAUGAGCGAGACGCUAGAGAGGAGGGAGAGGCAAGUGAAGAGCGUGGCAGUGCGACCGAUUGCACAGCUGGAGUGGGCUGACACUGAACAAAUCUACAUCAGCUGUGCAGGAUCAGAAGCAGGACUGCUGGUGUGUGGUGAUAACCAGGGGCAGCUGUGGCUCUACAACACGACACCGUUCCAGCGAACGUCGAAGCUACGUUACGAGGAAGUGCUCUCACCGUCUGCUAUUAUUAGUUGGCCACAAGUUCAACUUCAGAAGGGAGAAGAUAGCGAGCAGAUGGCAGACGUGCUCGAAACAGACGAGAUUGUCGUCAACGCUGUUGCCAUAGAUACGAGCGGUAAGCACAUUGUCGCGGGAACCAACAACAAUGUCGUCUGCUUGUAUGGUGCUGUGAAUCCAAGUGCUGGCAAUGAUCCUUUCUAGUACGUGACAAACAUAUCUGCAAGACAUAGCACAUCUGCUAGACAUAUUUCCAAGCGGAGUCUUUCACGCAUCUGUCGUCUGACAUAAGAUUAAUAGCGUUUACGGGUUUUUUAUCCAUUCGCCAGAACGAUUAGCAAGAUUUAUAGUCAUUGAACAUUUUAAGUUUUUAUGUUUUACCUGAAUUGUUCUUCGAUGCUUUAGAUACAUUCGUUUACUUUCCUUUUUAAGUCGUUUGAUGGGGUGAUUAGACUCGCACAGACUUUGGUGUCACGGGGCUCAAUUUAGUUAUAUAUCAGUUAUUUGUUUGUAGAAAGUGUUAAUAUUUUUUAGAAAGCAAUAGUUGUGUAGCAUGGCAUCAAGAAAAGGCGUAAAAACUAUUCAUUUAGACCGUUUAUAUCAUGCGUGUAAUGCAUAUUUAGUUAUAUAUCAGUUAUUUGUUUGUAGAAAGUGUUAAUAUUGUUUAGAAAGCAAUAGUUGUGUAGCAUGGCAUCAAGAAAAGGCGUAACAACUAUUCAUUUAGACCGUUCAUAUCAUGCUUGUAAUGCAUAUUUAGUUAUUGCCACUUCGGAAGGAAGACCAGGUUGAUUUCACUAAAACACUUGGUGCUAUGCAUUGUUAGUUCAUUUUGUAUUGUGUUUUUAUCACGGAGAACUGUGUUUGAAAGUUCAAGGCGUGCAAACUUCUUCGAUGAAGAAAUCAUGUUUGUCUGUACCUAUGUAAGUGUGAAGCAUUAUUUUCUUAAUAAACAUGCAAUUUAAGCAAAA